GUUGCAGCUCAGAGUCAGCGGUAGCUAGCAAGCUUGAGUGUGACACGCAUCGUCGAUGUCUCAAGAUCAAAAGCCGAAUGAAAUGAAAUUAAAAGGGGACGGACAUCACCGCUGCCGAUAAUUUAUCCUGAAAAGCAUUUCGUACAGUCAAAAAGGACCGCGUUUCAUUCAUGAAACAUGGCUACAUUGUCAGGCAACAGAGAAGCGGCGCAUACGGCUCAUAGCUCGUUGUUCUCAUGACACUAAUAGCAGAGCUGAGAGAGAUGUAAUGCCUCUGCCGCUCACUGACGAGAUUUAGUUGCGUUCGGACGGAGAAAACGGGCUCAAUAUGGCUUCGGUGAACUGUUUCUGUGGUCCGGAAGAGCUCGAGGACACGAAUCACGCUUCAAGUUUGAUGAAAGAGCUGAAAUUGUUCUACGACUCGCAGUUGUUAGUCGACGUGACUAUCGAAGUGGAGCCUGACCCGGAGUCAGAGGACCGAAGCGUUUCCUCUCACGCUGGGAAAGUUUUCCAAUGCAACAGAAAUAUUCUGGCAGCAGCAAGUCCUUAUUUUAAGAGCAUGUUUACAGGAGGACUGUACGAAAGCACGCAGAGAAAUGUCACCAUUCACGAAGUGGACGCCGAUUCAAUGGCUGCCAUUAUUGAUUACUGUUACACUGGCAAAGUGUCAAUCACUGAGAGCAACGUGCAGAGGCUUUAUGCAUCUGCAAACAUGCUGCAGCUGGAGUAUAUUCGGCAAGCUUGUGCUAACUUCAUGACAAGAAGGCUGGACCUUUCUAACUGUGCAGGGAUUUUGAAGUUUGCCGACACCUUUGACAAUCUGGAUUUGAAGAGCAAGGCUCAAGCGUUUAUUGCGAAAAACUUUAACCAGCUCAGUUCGAGUGUGCGAGAGCUUUGUGAGCUGGACCUGAAGCAGAUUAAAGAGAUCCUCACACUGGAUUCUCUGGAUGUGGACUGCGAACUGAAAGUGUGCUCGUUUGCAAUACAGUGGAUUGAGAAUAAUUUGCAUGUGGAUGCAGAAGUUGCAUUGCAGGUCCUCAGAUGCGUUCGGUGGUCCUUGUUUUCUGAGAAAGACAGGGUUUAUCUAGAUGGCCUUAAAUCAAAGCCUUUUAUAAGGAAACAUCUUUUGGAUGUUUUAGAUGGGGCUGCCGAUGAGCAGAGCGCCAAGAUUUCAAAGGGUGUACAUGCUGCCAAACACAGAAUUGGCAAGAGUGCAAAAGAAAUGGUGCUUUUUUUUGGACGGCCAAAUGAGCCUUUCAUGUGCUAUGAUCCCUACACGGAGGACAUCUUUUCAAUGGCGUCCCCGGUCAUUAACCUCACCAAUCAGAACUUCAAACACUCUCCUACGGAGACAUUUUUGGUCUGCUCCACACCGGAUAACAAUCUGUAUCUCGCAUCACAGCUGUCCAAUCACUUUUGGGUCUACAAUCCCUUGUUAAAUUGUUGGCAGGAGCUUGCGGAACGACUUCUCCGAAGAAUGCACUCGUACAUCGGCUACCUCAACGGGCACCUGUACAUUUUGGGUGGCAGGGACCCGGUAUCGGAUGCCAGACUCAAGGAAGUAGAAUGUUAUAGCAUUCAAAGGAACCAAUGGGUUUUUGUAGCCCCUUUGCCUCAUUCUUUGGGAAAGAUGCAGGUUGUGACGGUAAACGAGCGGCUUUAUGUGGUAAACAAGAGGAGGAUGCUCAGCUACGAGCCGAAGAAAAACCACUGGCUCCAGCGGGGCUCUCUGAAACGCAGUAAACUCCACAAAGCCUGUGUUUUCCAGGAGCAGAUUAUCUGUUUGUGCGAUAUCCCUGUGGUCAAAGCGUAUAAUCCAGCACGGGGAGAAUGGAGGCGGAUCGGAGACAUUCCUAUCGACAGCAGUGCUCUCAACUACCAAGUUGUGCAACACGACAGCAAACUGCUGCUUCUAACUAUAGCAAUAGUCCAUCACAACAAAAACAGGCUUAUUAUACAUGAAUAUGAUCCCACUCGGGACUCAUGGAAAAAUUUAGCCACAAUGUUUGGUUCCUCCUUCGGAUCCAUAAGCAUCUCCACCCGGGUAUAUACUGCAUGCUUGGGGUCAGGUCAUAAUUUCAUCUCAGAGGAGGAUGACGACAGCGGCUCCAGUGCUGACUGGGACUUCGAUGGAUUGACGGAUGCAGACUCGGACUCUGGCAGCUCAAGCUCUUUUUCAGAUGAGAACUGGUAGUCUGCAGUUCUCAGUAACUACACUAUAAAAAAAAACAACCGUUGGGUUAAAAAAAAAAGUAAUUUAAAAAAUGUAACCCAAUGGCUGGGUUUGUCCAUAUUUGAUCCAGCAUUUUUUUACAGUGUAGUGUCAAACUUGGAAGUGUGCAUAACAGAGCCAAAUGGAAACAUGCUGCAAAGUAUUUUGAAUUAUUAGCCUGGUUUGAAGUGGCUCACCCCACUGCGGCCGGGUAAAACCUACUUGAAAUUCAUGCUGUUUGUACUAUGAGUAUUAAACAACGGUUUAACUUAUAUGGCCAGUGAAUGAUACAUUGUCUCAGGUUUAUGAUAAGUUACAAUGAAUUGUUAGUAUUUUGAGUCUAACCAGAGGUUAGUAAAAAAAGAGCAGUGUUACGCGGAAUCUUGAACAGGGUACAGUCAGGCUAACAGACUCUAUUAAUGGGAUAGUUCAUUGAUUUCCAUGGUAUUUUUUUUCCCACCUACUAUGGAAAAUCAAUGACUACGUCAACCAGUAUUCUUUAAAAUAGUUUUGUUUGUGUUCAACAGACAGGUUUGGAACAACAUGAAGGUGAUUUAAUUUUGAAAACAUUUUCUUUUUUGGAUGAACUAUCCCAAAAAGGACCCAAAGUGAUGAUCAGAAAAAUACUUAAGAUUUUUAUUGAAGAUUGAUGGGGCGAUUAAUGUGAAAGGUGUGAUAUGGUUUUAGUGAGCAAUCAGUUUGGGGAAAUUAAAGGUACAUCUUUGUGUCGUGUCUGUCUUUGACCAUGUGUCUAAGUUUGAUGACUGCUGAAAAUAAAUUGACUAUCAAAAAGAAAA